UAGCGGAAGGCUUUGUUGAAGGAUCUGAAUUUCUGAAUGCAACUGAAGAUGUCAUUUUGCAUCGCUCCUUCACGGUAUUUCUUCUCCCGAUUUCCUUUGUUUUCUGCAGCUUCUACGUCUGCCUUCCUUUUUCCUCCCUCACAUGCCCCGACUCUUCAUUUCUGUUUCCAUUCCAAUUCGACAAAUCCUCAGAAUAUUGAAGAGGCCGUCUCUUCUUUUAAUCUCUUGCUUCAUGUGCGCCCCCAACCCUCGAUAAUACAAAUUACUAAGAUCUUAGGAGCUCUUGCAAAGUUGAAACAUCAUCGAACAGGUAUCUCCCUUUUUGCACAAGCGGAAUCUAAGGGAUUCACGCCAUCUCUGGUAACGCUGAGCAUCUUGAUUAAUAGUUACUGCCAUUUGGGUCAAAUGGCUUCUGCUUUCUCUGCCUUAGGCAAGAUUCUUAAGAUGGGCUAUCGGCCAGAUACGAUUUCUUUCACCACACUAAUGAAGGGCCUUUGCAUCAAUAAUGACGUUGGAAAAGCCUUGGAUUUUCAUGACGAUCUGAUAGCAAAAGGAUUUCUGUUAAAUGCAAUUAGCUAUGGCACACUGAUCAAUGGACUAUGUAAAAAUGGAAAAACAAGAGCUGCUAUUAAAUUACUCAUAAAAAUGGCGAGAGGGCCAGUUAAGCCUGACUUAGUUAUGUAUAGUACGAUUAUUGAUGGCUUUUGCAGGGAAGGACUCAUAACUGAAGCUUGUGAUUUAUUUCAUGAAAUUAUUGAUCACGGAGUAUCUCCUAAUGUUGUAACCUACAGCUCUUUGAUAUAUGGUUUUUGUGUCAUGGGUAAAAAGGCAGAAGCUACAAAAUUGUUCAAUGAAAUGAUACAUCAAGGCAUCAACCCUAAUGUGUAUACUUUUAACAUAUUGGUCGAUGCAUUUUGUAAGGAAGGAAAUAUUAUUUAUGAGAUGCAUGUUAGUGGCCAUACUCCUAAUAUAAUAUUUUACAGUAUUUUAUUAGAUGGAUUGUGCAAAAGUCAACAUCUUGACCAAGCAAUUGCAUUAUUUAAGCAAAUUGUUAACCAAGGAAUUCAGCCUGAUACUUACACAUAUACCAUACUUAUUGAUGGUUUGUGUAAGGGUAACAGAUUAAGUGAUGCGCAACAGAUUUUCCAGCUUCUCUUGGUUAAUGGUUAUCCUUUGAAUGUCCAAGCAUAUACUGCUAUGAUCAAAGGACUUUGUAAAGAGGGUUUAUAUGAUGAGGCAAAGGCCUUGCUCUAUAAAAUGAAAGAGAAUGGAUGCUUACCUGAUGCUAUAACUUUUGAAACACUUAUUAUACCUCUUUUGGAAAAAGGUGAGAAUGAUGAGGCAAAGAAUCUUGUCGACAAAUUAUUCAGCAAGGUCUCUUGAAAUGAUAGAAGGUUUGUCACUCUACUCCAUAUUUUGUGUUACUGGUGUUCAUGAUGGAAAAGGGUGGCCAAUGUGUUUUUUUAGGGGAAAAAGUUUGGCUGUAGUGAUGUUUGUAAGGUCAUAUGUUUUACUUAUUUAUUUAUUACUUUUGUUGUAACUGGUGGUUUCUUUUUUUUUUUUUUUUUAUGGCUUUACAUGAGCUUGAUGGAACAUGCUCACACACACUGGCAUCUAUCACCAAACUGACGCCUAGAAUUCCUCUUCUCCCUAUAGUAAUUCCAUCAGAUCAGAGCACUAGACAUAUCUCACUCCUGUAUGGAACAGAGAGAGAGAGCAUGGCAAAUCAUUCAAUCGACACAUGCCCGACAGAACAAGCAAGAUGCUGAAAAUUCAACUGGUCGAAGAUCUUGUUCUAAGACUGAUUGUAAAGCAAGCAAGCAUGUAAAAAGAAGGCUUGAUGGAAAAUGGGUAAUGCAUAGUUUUGUGAAGGAAUGUAAUCAUGAGCUUUUACCAGCUUAAGCUGUCGGUGAGCAAACAAGAAAUUUUUUUGCUGCAAUGGCUAGACAGUUCGCUGAAUACAAAACCGUGGUUGGUCUGAAUUGGGGCCUGGAGUGAGGGGAUGCCAAGCUUCUACUUGAUUUUUGGGUGCAGAUGUGCAGUAUGAAUUCAAAUUUCUUUUGCGCAGUAGAUAUUGGUGAGGAUCAACGUCUCAAAAAUCUUUUGUGAUGUAGUCUUUUUUGACACCAUAUGUGUUAGAAACAAAUAUAAGUUACCUCUUGUGCUUUUUGUUGGAGUAAAUAUGCACUAUCAAUUUAUACUUGGGUGUGGCUUAAUAUCAGAUGAAAGUUGUAACA